GAACGUUUUGUGGUUGGAAGUAUGAGACGGAAGUCAGGGAACGGAAGAGCUGUUUCGGAAUCCGAAUUUACAGUAGUGUUUUGCACAUUAUCCCAAAUUCUGAUCGGAAUCUGGGCCGCCUGCGGCUGAGAAUCGCUCAGGCCAAAACAAAAAAAGCUCAUCAUAUCUCUAGGCUGGCUUCCAGCUUCGAAGCACUGAAAAUGCCACAGGGAGCCAUUGAAAUCCAACGCCAGCUCAAGGAUCAGAUUCCAUGAGGAAAAUGAAAGAAAAAAACGAAUCAAAAGGAAACCAGAGCACAUAAACCAGUCAGUCGUCCCUCCUUUAUGAUUUCUCCCUCGUAUAUAUAUUAUUCUUUCACGUUUGGAGAGAAAUCAAACCUUUUUGAAUAUUUAAUUUCCCAUUGAAUACAUACAUAUCUGUGUAAAUAGAUACAAUGGAUCCAUGAGUGGUGAUAUGGAGAAGAAGGAUCGGGAGUCUCACCCAGAUGCAUUCCAAGCAUCUGGACCGCGAAGUGUUUCUUCUCCCAAUUGGAGAGACCUCAUCAACUCCAGUUGGUUUCGGAGUACUAUUUGGAGCACUUUGCAUACUCAUUCCAUUCUAUAAAAGAAGUCUUGUUUCAAUAAAGAAGAAUGGGAACUACAGAAGGACAGUAAUGGCUUGUUUUGUACAAGCCGUGUACUUGCUUGAGCUAGACAGGCAAGAAAACAGGAAAGGAGAAAAUGCCCUUGCUCCAAAAUGGUGGUCACCCUUCAAAUACAGACUGGUGGAGACCCUAAGAGACGAAAGGGAUGGGUCUAUAUUUGGGGCAGUCCUGAAAUGGGACAGGGCAGCAGCUUUAACCGACCUUGUUCUUAUCAGGCCAAGCGGCGCACCAAGUGCCGUUCUAGCACUCAGAGGGACACUGCUCAAGAGUCCUACAAUGAGAAGGGACAUCCAAGACGACCUACGCUACUUAGCCUGGGAGAGCCUAAAGGGAUCUGUCAGGUUCAGUGUGGCUCAGAAAGCACUGAAGUCUCUUGCAGGGAAGUAUGGAAGAAACAAUGUAUGCAUCGCUGGGCAUUCGCUGGGGGCAGGGUUUGCACUUCAAGUCGGGAAGGCAUUGGCGAAAGAAGGAAUAUACAUAGAGGCACAUUUGUUCAACCCACCAUCGGUUUCGCUGGCCAUGUAUCUGAGGAACAUGAGAGAAAAAGCUUGGUUGGUCUGGAGAAAGCUCAUCAAAUCUCCUCAUGAUCAAGCUCAAGCUCCUGCUAUGCGAGUUGGGAUGGAGCAAUGGGUGCCACAUCUGUACAUAAACCACAGCGACUAUAUAUGUUGCUAUUACAUGGAUUCAGUGGGGGAAGCAGAAGAGAAGACGAGGGAAAGGAGUGCCCAAGUUGCUGCCAGACUGUUCCUGCCGGCUACGAAAGGGAAACAGAAGUUUCUAGAAGCACACGGACUGGAGCAGUGGUGGUCUGACAACUUGGAACUCGAAAUGGCAGUGAAUAACAGCAGGCUGAUAAGCCAGCAACUGAAAUCCUUGUAUAACCUCCCUCUGCACUGAAUAACAGCAGUGCAUAUUCCACACUGCCUCAUUCAACAAAUCACUUAAUUUGCAACAGCAAUGCUUGAUCAUAUCAAGUUAUUUAUAAUUACCUUCGAUAACUUUUUCCCCCCCGUCAAGUCAUACAAUUGCAAUGCAUCGUUGCAUUUACUGCGUACUUCCCAAAAGUAAUUUUUUGAUCCAACAUUUUUCUCUCAUAUGUGCUUCUGUUCACUCCAACAACACUUCUAAGUGGGAUAAGCAAAACGGCUGAGUAAAACUUACAACGCAUU